UCAAUCAAAAAGACAUCUGUCCAAGAUCAAAAGUUGCGUUCGAUUGACCAUAUCCACACAAAUUGGAAUUAUGAAAAUAAAUUAGCUUAAUGAAAACACAGCAAUUUUGGAGGAAAAAAGCAAAAAAAAAAAAACAUGUAUUUUUAAUAAAAAGUUUGCAUUAGGAUGAGUGAGUUUUUCGGUCAUGUUGAAAUUUGUGUAUUUUGUAAAACUGCAAUGGAAACACUUUUUCACAACCCACGAGUCACUGAUCAACAGCUGAAUGUUUCUACUGGUGGAAAAGACGAAGAAGACGACAGGAAGUGGUAGGAGGAUGACAUUAGUAGAAUAUCAACAAAGUUUUGCAAACAUUCGUAAUGGAAUCGCAGCUGGAGAGACCUUGUUUGUUUGUAAUAUGUAUUUCAGACUCUAGUCCUAAUGAUCCUAGAUAUGUUGCUUUUAUUUAAUUUUGGUUCUUCUCUUACUCCUCAGAUGCUACUAAGUGUGAUUUAACUCCUACACCUCCCACAGUGACAUCAACACCACCAAUAAAUUAUUCAACUCCAGACAAUAAAGUUCCAAACACAACGUUGUCAAAAGAAUUGCAAGCUACUGCAGUCACGGAAACAGUAAUAACACAAAUAAUGCAAGAUAAAACUCUAAAAAGCUCAACACCUGAUACACUAGUGAUGAAUGCAACCACAUCAGAAAGAGACACAACAGUUGGAGAUGUUGACAAACUAUUAUUAGUACCAAGCACAACAUUAAAUGUAACCACACUAGGACCAAGUCAAAACACAAUAGUUUCUAUGAUUAGUAAAACAUAUCCUCACACAACAAUGACAAACGAAACCACAGCAAAAGAAGCAGUAGAGACAACUUCAAGUGCUGUUAUACCGGAAAUGUCUCUAAGCACACAAGAAAAACAUGAUUAUUCAGUAAUCACAACCAAAACUACAGGAUUAGAAGAUGCAACCUCACCAGGGUUGGCUCUGAACACAACAGUGACAAAAGUAACCACAGCAGGAAUAGUAGAUGAGGAAGCUGCAACUAUCCUGGGCAUAACCCUAAACACAUCCGUUUCAAAUGCAGCCACACCAGACCGAAGACAAAACACAACAAUGGCAACUGCAACUUCACCAGAAACAACCCCAGGCACAACAGACACACACACAUAUUCAACAGAAACAGCAUUGAAAACAAGAUCAAUAGACGCAACCUCAUCAGGAAUGGGUCUGAGCACAAGAGUGACAAAUGAAACCACAAGAAAUACAAGUAGUGAGACAACAGUGACAUAUGCAGUUACACCAGAAAUAAUGCCAAGUUCAGCAGAAACACAUGCAACUGCACCGGGAACUCUAAACACAACAAUGUCAAAUGCAACUUCACCAGAAAUAAUAUUUGAUAUGACCAAUCUAACCACAGCACAAAUAGAAGCUAAGACACCUUCAAAUGCAGAUAUUCCACAGACGAUGGUAAACACAACAGUAACACAUACAACUUCACCAGAAACCACUCCAAGCACGACAGACGCACGUACAUAUUCAUCAGAAACAAUCCUGAAUAGUCGAUUAUUAGAUGCAACGUCAUCAGGAAUGGACCUGAGCACAAGAGUGACAAAUAAAACCACAACAGACCAAAGUCAAAACACAAUAAUGUCAAAUGCAACUUCACAAGAAAAGCUUAACACACUACUGACCGAUGUAACCACAACACAAGUUGCAGUUAAUAAAACAGUGGUAGAUGUAGUUACAUCCGAAAUAACACUAAACGCAACAGUAACACAUGCAACCACACAGAAGAUAACUCUAAAAACAACUAUGUCAAAUGCAACUUCACCAGAAACAAUACUUGACACCACAGUGGCAAAUGUAACCCCAAAACAAACAGCAGUUGAGACAACUUCAAAUGCAGCUAUACUAGAAAAAACGACAACAAUACGUGCAUUUUCAUUAGGAACUACGUUAAGUACAACAUUAGUAGAUGCAACCUCACCUGGAAUGGUAAACAAAACCCUAAAGGAGUUUAAUGGAACCCUCACAAUUAACAUGGAUUUUGAAAAUUCAUACAAUGAUCCAUCCAGUAACGUUUAUGAAGAUGUCUGUGGUGCGGCUGAAAGCAACUGUCAGAAGUUUGUGUCAAAAACAUGUAUAGUCCAGAGUUUGUUCUUCAGGAGUGGAAGUACCAUCGCUUACUACACCCUCAUUACACCCUCUGGUGAUGUUUCACAAGUUAAAUUAGCAAAAGAUGAAAUGUUAAAACGCCUGGCAGAAACAUACCCGGUGGAGUUUGCUGUCGAAGAAGUUAAUAACACGACUGUAUUUGCUGGGGAAGAAAUGACAUUAACCUGUGGCCCUCCUCCUGAAGACCUCAACUUUACUGUGGUCAAAAGCGUAGAGUGGACACACAUGGGUACAGUCAUUGAGAAAGGGAUUUCCUUGAAGAACGGACAGUCGGUCCUAACGCUGUCUUCUUUUUUUCCACUGCAUGAUGGGAUUUACGUCUGUAAAUUAAAACGGGGAGACAAUUCAACUUUCAAACAGAGCAUAAAUGCCAAAGCCAUUCCGAUCCCUCAAAUCUCCGUGAAUCCAGUUAAGAUGUCAGUGGAAUGUGACACACAGCACUCUGUGUUACUGAACUGCUUUGUCGACAAUGGCUACACGGUUACAUUUCUAAACACAGAUGUCAGGGGAGCUUCUCAUGUCACCCAUGAAUAUACAGUGGAAGAUUGUUCAGUAAAAGAGAAAAUCUUCACCUGUGAAUCACAAAACUCAUCAAAAUUUUCAAAGUAUAUCACACUGAUGUUCAUUCCAUCAAAAGAUAUUAAGUGUCAAAAUGACACGUUUGGUAACGGACCGAUAGAUUUUGUGGCUGAGUUGGGCUGCGAAAAGGGGAAGGUGGGAGAAAUAAGAGCAGUUUGUCAGUCGGACGGUAAAUACGGACAGAUCCAAGACAACUGCGUUUUAGAAGUUGUGAAGAACCUGCUAGAUCAGUCUGAGGUUUUGGAUGAACUCACUCUUCCACUGUUCUUAGAGCAACUCAGCAAUGUGACUGUCAACUUCACUGAUGAAAUAACUAACUCUCCAGCCAACAUUGAUGCCAUCGUGAGGAUCCUUUUUAAUGUAGCAAAUUCAGCAUCAUCUUUAGAAAUUAAAAUAGAAAAAGAUUCCAUGGAGAACAUCCUGGAAACUGUAGGCACACUCACUAUUGGCGAGGCAAAGACUUCGUGGGAAACCCUCAACAACAACAACACAAGAAACACUAAUGAAACAAAAGAGGGCGUCAAAGUAAACAGUGUCAGCUCUUCACUACUGUACUCUAUUGAAAGAAUCACAUCCCGUCUUGUUAACAAAUCCUUCAGCAUUGAAACACCCCAUAUUUGUUUGAACAAGUUGACAUUAGUGAACACCUGCAGUGUUGACUUAAACUCCUCGGUGAAAAUAGACAUACCCAAUCACUCGAUAACUACCAUAAUAUUUGCUUUCAUGGAUAAUGUGCUUCCUCCAAGAGAUAAAAGCAAUUCAUCAUCCAAAGUAAUCAAUGGAAAGGUUGCACUUCUUUGGCCCGAAGACAAAAUUACAAAUAUUUCUUUAGCAUUUGAUGUUCUAGACGAUAGGUUGAGAAAUCCUGAAUGUGUUUUCUGGGAUUUCAACCUCUUUGGCGGUCGUGGAGGAUGGAAUGACGAUGGCUGCUCGCUAGUAUUCAAUGAAAACGGAGUGACCAACUGCCACUGCAACCACACAACCUCGUUUUCUAUUCUCAUGUCACCCAACAGUUCUGAUCAGUUUAUAUUUACCUACAUAACAUACAUUGGACUUGCAAUUUCCAUUGUUUCCUUGAUUAUAUGUCUCAUCACUGAAGGCAUAAUUUGGAAAACAAUUGGGGACAACAUGACAUUGUACUUUCGUCACGUCUCCAUCGUCAACAUCGCUCUGUCCCUACUGAUUGCAGACAUUUGGUUCAUUAUUGGAGCGGCCAUUUCAAACACAAAAAGUGCGCCGGCCUGCACAGCCGCUACCUUCUUCAUCCACUCUUUCUACCUGGCCCUGUUCUUCUGGAUGUUAGCCUCGGCCCUGCUGCUGCUCUACCGGACUUUCAAUGUCUUUGAUGUAGGUCUGUCUAAAAAAGCCAUGCUGAUCAUUGGAUUCUCUUUGGGAUAUGGAGCUCCGCUGAUCAUUGCAACAAUAACCAUAGCUGUUACUGCUCCCUCAAAUCACUACAUUGGAGAAAAAAAUGUCUUCUGGCUCUCCUGGGAUACGCAUAAAACGUCACUGGCGUUUGUGAUCCCUGCCCUUACAAUAGUGGCUAUAAACAUCAUAAUCCUGACUCUGGUGAUAUCCAAAAUAUUGAGGAGAAGAGUCGGAAUGAUUGGAACCCAAGCAAGAGAGAGGCAUGCUCUGUUGGUUGUUGUCAGGUGUACGGCUGUACUAACACCAAUUUUUGGUGUAACUUGGGUUUUGGGAAUCGGAACUAUGGUUUCAGAAAACGUUGGACUCGAUGUUGCAUUUGCAUUAUUAAAUUCACUUCAGGGUUUCUGCAUUCUGAUGUUUGGAACACUGUCGGACAAAAAGGUAAUAUCAGAGCUAGCAAAGAAAUUCUCCUGCCAGAGUAGGACAAGGACCACCAGUCCAGCAUCCGUGUUCACUCUGGGAAAGUUGUUCUGGAAGUUAAGAAGAUCCACAGUUUCCCAAAAAGGCUAUCAUUGGUCUUCUGAAGGAUCCGGUGAUUGAUCCUCCAACAACUGGUAUUUGCUGAUGAUGCCUCCCAAUUUGGAAAGUUGACCAACUGAGCAAAACGGCCUUAAAGUCCCAGUGAUGGAAGUACCAGUUUGAUCUUUGAUAUGUUCUUAAAGCGUUAAGCUUGAUGUAUUUAUCUUGUUGUUUAUGUUGAAGAUGGCAGAGCAGUGUUAUAUUUGCUUGUUUGUUACAGUCUGUCAGAAUCAGUUGUUUCAGGUAAAUGAAUACAUGUUUGAUAAAUGUUGGGGUCCCUCAGCUUUUACAAAGUGGGUUGAGAAGUGAAUGCUGCUGUUUUUACUAUUUCUACGUUUGCAUUCUCUUACCUCAACAUUAUGGAAACCUGAACUGAAAGUCGGGUACUUAAUAUUUAUGUGCUUUUUAUUGUUUUUUGUUAGUUUGUUUGCUGCUUGAGUUUUUGAUGAUAUCGUUUGGUGAAGUAGUCUGGUGUUACUUAGGAACAUGGGAGCUUCGACCCAUUAAUUUCUAACUGAUCAUUGUUUUCAUUUUUACAAAUUAUAACCAUUUCAUUUUACUCAUAAAAAUGUUUCACCCAAAACUACUGAUCCUACUUUAGUAAUGCUAAUUUCUGCAAGAGCAAUAAUGUCUUUCUUGAAAUAACCUUGUAACCUAUUUUAGAAGUUUUAAUCUGUAAGAUCUGUUUCCAUAAAGUACAUCUUUUUAUUCUCUAUACUUACAUAAUCCUGUUCAGGAUUUUUCAAAGGGAGGUUUAUUAUGUACGUCCCAGGAAUAUGUUGCCAUGUUAUAACACAAUCAAGUAACUGUUAGCUUUAGUUAUAAAAAUAACAAAUAUGACUAAAAAGAAAUGUGACACCUUGAAAUUGUGCUUGUUUCUUUAAGCUCCUCCUCUUUAAUACAGUCCCUUGUCAUCACAACGUUCCUCCAUUAUGCUGUUUACAACUGUUCUUGUCAAUCAAUCAAUAAAAUGGCGUGGCUUGUACUUGUAUAGUGCCUUAUCAAGUCCAGAGGACCCCAAAGCGCUUCACAGUCAUUCCCCCAUGCACACACACGCCCACCCCCACCCACACAUACAUUACUGGUGGCAAGCUACUGGAUAGUAGCCACAGCUGCCCCAGUGCCACCUGUUGGUGCUCUCUGACCACCACCAGUCAAGUUUAUUUGCAUAGCACAUUUCAGCAACACAGCAGUUCAAAAUACUUUACACUGUGAACACAUAAGAACAAACAUUAUAAACAUUGUAUAGUCAGAAGUGUAGAAAACUAAAAAAUAGACAUUAUAUUUUGUCAAGUGCCAUCAUCAGUACACAUCAGAUAUGUUGGUUAAUGUUCCAUUUCUUAGGAGCUUUGCAUUGAGAAAUAGUUUGUAUAAUGAGACCAGUAGACACCAGCGCAGUUCCAUAAGGUGUUUGCUAAUCUCUGCUGUCACUUCCAGCCCAGUCGUUUUGAGUAACUAGGCGGCGCCCUAUGUAAUGAACAGGCGUUUAGGCACCCUGAAUGGUUGCCACGGGAGAUUCUAGGAUUCCUCAAACAGGCAAGAAAGAAUCAAAACGUACUCCAGGUAUGGUUUUGAUGAGGGAAUAACAUCACAACCUGAUAGAAGACUCAGAACCCUCCAUUAUACAUGAUGCCUUACUCCUCACCUUCAACCCUCCCUUAAAGCUCUGCCAGUUUCUCCAGAAGUGAGCCAUCUCUCCUCGUCCAGUCCCAAGAGUCCACUUACAAGAGACACUAGUUAUAUUUGCACCAAAGUCUUAGCAACCAAACCUGUACAGAAAUUACCUAAAAGAAAAUAUAGCUACAGUUUAUGCAGCUAUUAAUUUUAUAUAUAUUCAUGUGUCUCUUUUAAAAUCGCUCCCCUAAAAGUCAGAAUGAUAAAAUCUGGUUCAAACAAGCAUUAGAGAGAGACAUAUUAACAUAGGUCUCUCUUAAAUCGCCGUCAGGAAGUUCAUGUUUACUAGAUGGAACCAGUUUACAUAAUGUUGCUCUUCAGGUAUAGAAUUACCCCAGACCUUUUUCUUGUUCUGGUUGUUCUGAUGUAUUGUAACUAUGGUGGACAGACACUGUGCAGCAUUCUUUGAGCAUUGUGAUUGUGCAUGUGGGUGAAGAUUUUUUUUCUUUGUUUUGCCUAAAUUUUUGUUUAGGUUUUUUGUGUUUGUAUAUUACAAGAAUAUAAAUUGACUAGAAAAUGGUGUAAAUAUUGAAGAAAAUAAGAUGUACCUAAAUGUUAUUUUCGGACAAAAAAAUAAAAAGGUAUCUAGUGUG